GAGGAGAAAGCAGGCGAAACAGGACUGAAGGAAGGCUUCAGAAUUAGGCAGGACAUGGUAGCGUGUGUGUCAGCGGGGAGAAUGAGGGAGGGCGAAGUUUUUCAGGAGAUACGAGUAGGGAUACUUCUGCUGAAGAGUUGAGUAUGGGAGAGGAGAUGCAGUGGAGCUUGGAGGUUUAGGAGAGGCACAGGAACCGAAGGAAUGAGAUAGAAAGGGGCAGGAGGGGUCCCCGAACAUCCUAUAGUUGCCCCUAACACCAGACAAACUUAGCAACCAGGAUCGUGGCAACUUUGGUCCUUAGCAACGAGGGUCCUCAGCAACCAAAGUGCGAGAAAUGCGAUCAUUAAGAACUUGGCAAACGGACCCUUAAAAUCUCACAGCCCAGAAACCCACCAACCUAGCAAUAUCGACCACUUAGCAAUGGCCCUCCAAAUCCCACUCCCUUAACGUAGCCCCUUUCUCCCACCCCACCGAACCUGCCCUCGGGCCCCGGGGCCUGCAGCCCAAAGCCAGGCCCCGGCGCGGCCCGACCCUCCCAUCUGGGCCCCCGACUCACGGUCCGGCUCGGCCAUGGGAGCGGGGUGGGGGCCCUCGGAGCUGUCACCGACUGCUCUGUCCCGUGACGGCACCGGAAACAAGAGGGGACCGAGAAAGGAUUAGAGAACUACAACUCCCAGUAGCCAACGCAGUCCCGCAACCGCUUUCGUACACUACACCUCUCAUGGCAUAGAACUACAAAUCCCAAAAGGCAUGGCGCUUGUAGCCAUAUUGAUAAAGGGCGUCUGGAAAAAGUGGGGAAACUCAGCGAGCCGGUGUCCACCUCAUUAUUCUGAUUGGUUCUGGUGCUGCACAGGGGCGGGGUGAAGCUAUGUAACACAUUUUGAUUGGGUAGAAGAGGGGGCGUGUUGGGGAAUUCCCAGCAGGGCGGAAGCACUGGAGAUCACCGCGGAGCCCAGCGACAGGCGGGCGACCACAGGGGGCCACCCGAGGUGGCUGGGACCAUGGCCGGGGUCGCGUGCUUGGGGAAAACUGCGGACGCCGAUGAAUGGUGUGACAGCGGCCUAGGCUCUCUAGGUCCCGACGCCGCGGCUCCCGGAGGACCAGGGCUGGGCGCAGAGCUGGGCCCCGAGCUGUCCUGGGCGCCCCUGGUCUUCGGCUACGUCACUGAGGAUGGGGACACGGCCCUGCACUUGGCCGUGAUACAUCGGCAUGAGCCCUUCCUGGAUUUCCUCUUGGGCUUCUCCGCCGGCACUGAGUACCUGGACCUGCAGAAUGACCUAGGCCAAACAGCCCUGCACCUAGCAGCCAUCCUGGGGGAGGCAUCCACGGUAGAGAAGUUGUAUGCAGCUGGCGCAGGAGUGUUGGUGGCUGAGAGAGGGGGCCACACCGCGCUGCACUUGGCCUGCCGGGUGAGGGCCCACACGUGCGCAUGCGUGCUGCUCCAGGCCCGCCCCAGAUGCCCAAGGGAUGCCUCAGAUAUCUACCUCACUCAGAGCCAGGACCAAACCCCAGACACCAGCCACACCCCUGUUGCUGUGAACCCCCAGCCCAACCCAGAGAACGAAGAGGAGCCGAGUGAUGAAGACUGGAAGCUGCAGCUAGAAGCUGAAAACUAUGAGGGCCACACCCCACUCCAUGUAGCUGUCAUCCACAAAGAUGUGGAGAUGGUCCGGCUCCUCAGGAAUGCUGGAGCUGACCUCAAUAAACCGGAGCCCACGUGCGGCCGGACCCCUCUGCACCUGGCAGUAGAGGCCCAGGCGGCCACCGUGCUGGAGCUUCUCCUGAAGGCCGGGGCUGACCCCACCGCCCGCAUGUAUGGGGGCCGCACGCCACUUGGCAGUGCCCUGCUGCGGCCCAACCCCAUCCUUGCCCGCCUCCUCCGUGCGCAUGGAGCCCCUGAACCCGACGAUGAGGAUGAUAAGCUCGGCCCUUGCAGCAGCAGCAGCAGCGACAGUGACAGCGACAGCAGAGAUGAGGGCGAUGAAUAUGAUGACAUCGUGGUCCACAGUGGCAGGAGCCAAAACCGGCUACCUCCCUCCCCGGCAUCCAAACCUCUUCCUGAUGACCCCAACCCCGCCUGACUUAAGUUCUAAUAUUAAUAUAAUUUCCAAUUUAAUAAAACUUCCGACCUGACAGCCAGAGCCCA